AGGAAAUGUUGACUGAAAUGACGGGUGAAUUCCCGACAUUGAGUCGCGUGUUUGUGGAGGAGAGGGACACAUAUUUGGCGUAUUCCCUGUGGUUGGCCUCAUCGCCCGUCCCAAACAUGGCGUCACCGUCCGGUGUGCGGCCCUCAGUGGUUGUGGGAGUGGUAGGCAUCGGACACGUGCCCGGAAUUGUCAAGAAGUGGGGACAAGUCAAGGAUGAAGACAUUGCACCGCUUCUCAAAAUUCCUGAGACCUCAUUGACCACUAAAGUGGUGAAGAAGUCCAUUAAAUAUACUGUCAUAGGACUGACCAUUUGGGGCUGUUAUCGGCUGUUGGUUCCCCACUCUAUGAACACCGCCUUAUCUCACGCAUCGCUGCAAACAAUAGAUUGGAUUCAAAAAUCUAUUCAUAAAUAA